AGGAUCCCGGCUGCAUGCAGGCGGGGCCCGGUCUGCCCCCCCACCCCGGAGCUCUGCCGGACGGCCGUCGGCGGGCGUCGGCCGCCCUGAAACAGGAGCCGAUGGACGACUUCUCCCCUGCGGAGGAUGGGCUGUUUCGCCACUGCCAGCAGCAGCGGGAGCACUGCGCCUCCAGCCGUGCCCCCAUGCCCCCACCCUACCACCUGCACCAGUACCUGGACUCCAGUCCAGCCGCGCCACCGCCCCCGCCCGCGGCCUCGGGCCUAGCCAGCCACCAGACCCCGGAGCGGGAUGACGCUGGUGGGGUUUUUACCGACAGGCAGGUUUGCCGGUGGAUCGACUGCAGUGCCGCGUACGAACAGCAGGAGGAGCUGGUGAGGCACAUUGAAAAAGUCCACAUUGACCAGAGGAAGGGGGAGGAUUUCACGUGCUUCUGGGCAGGCUGUAUCCGCCGCUACAAGCCUUUCAAUGCCCGCUACAAGCUGCUGAUCCACAUGAGGGUGCACUCGGGGGAAAAGCCCAACAAAUGCAUGUUUGAAGGCUGCAGCAAAGCUUUCUCCCGGUUAGAGAAUUUGAAGAUCCAUCUUCGCAGUCACACAGGAGAGAAGCCCUACCUGUGCCAGCAUCCUGGCUGCCAGAAGGCUUUCAGCAACUCCAGCGACAGGGCCAAACACCAGCGCACACACCUAGACACUAAACCGUACGCGUGUCAGAUCCCUGGCUGCACCAAACGCUACACAGACCCCAGCUCCCUGCGCAAGCACGUGAAGAUCCACUCCGUCAAGGACCAGCAGGUGCGUAGGAAGCUGAGGGCUUGCCCCCAUCUGGAACCAGAUGACCUGAGCGAAUGCCUGUCUGUCCAGCAUUUGCAUGUCCCUGCCCACUCUCAGCAACUGCACUGCCCUGCCCCCUGUCAGAACACUCUUAACGGGAAGGAUGGAUGUUCAGCCGCUUUGGGCCAGGACCUCUUUACAGGACUGUUCACUGGCUCCAGCGUAACGUCUAACGGAGCCUCGGCAGAACUCCUCACUCCGGGGUCCUGUUCCCUCCCAUGCCACGCCCACCUGGACUGUGACAUCAGCAGUCCCCAGCAUACGCCUGCGCUGAACACCAUUGACACUGUUCACCAUGAUGGCCCACUGAAGACCGCUCCACCCUCUCCGCCCGCACUGAUGGUCAAGCAUCAGGACUUGACCUCCACGCAGCAGCACCAGCUCCACCCGCAUCACCGAGUCUACUCAACCAUUCACAACCUCCCCGUCACUGAAGAUUACCGAGGAAACUUUCAGAGUUGCUUCUACUUCGGGGAUAAUUACAGAGUGGAGCAGAACGUUGGCGGUGUUCAUCUCCCUCUGGACUCCCAUGGCUUCACCGCACACGCACACAACGGCCUCCACCCAGGAUGCACUGGCACCCCCCCCACAGGUUUCAGCCUGCUGUCGGAUCUCGGAGGAUGUUCCUCCCAGUUUCCUCCCAGUCCAGAGGACGGCGUCUUCUUCCAGGUGGGCGGAUUUGAGCGUGGACUGAGUCAGAUGUCCUCGGUGUACACAGAGACGUAGAGCCCCGCUCUGUCAGCCCUGGCGCCUCCGAACUCAAUGCUCUGCUGUGCUCCUCCUCCAGAAUUUGUCAUUCUCUCAUCGCUCUCCUGUACGUUGCUGCUGCUUUGAUUUUCUUCCCAUUUAUCACAGUGUGACUGUUUAAUGGUGUUUGUGUGUCUUUAUUUACCUCCUAAACAGGUGGCCAUUUUAGCGAAUCUUCAAGGUUCGAAGAUGAUGGAUAUUCUUUGUAGCUUUUAAAUUAGUGGUGACCUUUUUUUUAAAGAAAUGUUCUGGUUAUGAAAUCUGCCCUCACUGGGAACACUGGGUUGCGAUAAAUUGAAAUACCGGCCUGUAACAGAAUCUCAUCUCAUCAUUACUACAUCCCCCAACACCUACAUACGUUCUCAGAAACUCCUGUUCCUCUUUUGGCCGAAGUGUAGAACAAAAGAAUAUAUAAAUGGUUGCUGUGUUCUAAGUAAAUGUUUGCAAUGUUUGAAUUUCUGAAUGUGUUUUGAUCCUUUUUUUCUUUCCUAGAUGAUCUGAUUUGUGUAUUUUCUGGAAGGUCGAUGGGUAUUAAUAUCCACCGAACUCUUUCCAGGUGUAUAAAAUGUACAGUUUGUUUAAAUAAUAAUUAUUAUAUGCCACUCUCUUGUCUCAGAAAAUAAAUUUCUCUUAAAUAUUGAA